UUGCAAAACAACAAAAGGUUUAAUGCAGGAUGAAAAUUCAGUUCAACUUAAGAAAGCCCCUUUAACAAUCCAAAAAAUUAAUAAUACAGAGAUUUUAUGUAUCUAUUGUUUUUCAAUAUCAAUAGCAUGAAUUUUUCUCACUUCUUGCCAAAAAUUGUAAAUAUUUUUUGAGCAGGUGAUUUCUCAUACACUGGUAAAAAUCUGCUACAUCAAGCUCUGAAUUAUUUAAAUCAUCUCAGAAACCAUCUUGGAUCAUUUUACGAAAACCACUUCCAACUUGAAAAAUACCCAAGAAUAUUUUGAGGAAGCUUGCAAAAAAACAACUAGGACAUAUUCUGUAAGGAUGGAAUUUGUGAAUGGCGCCACCUAUUGUCACAGAGAGGUUACCAUUCCUGAUUAGGAUAAAAAAAAACGAAGAGGAGUGAAGGUUUGAGAGGAAAGAACAAGAAUAUGAGAAAUUCAUGAACAAGUAUACUGAAAAGGAAGAAGGAAUCCAUUGCAAGAAUUAAGCAGAUACCUAAAAAUAUCUUCGCAAGUGCUGGAAAACGAGAUGAAAACAUGGAAAUAAUGGCUGCUAGCAAAUAAUGCUUUGUUAUACCAGGAGAGUAUGCAUAAUGAGUUGAUAAGAUAUGAUGCUAAAAGCUACUACUUAGGAGUUAUAAGCUGAAAUAUUGUACUACUACAGCUUGGCAUGUGUUGAUGAUAUGAACGAAGCUGCACAACCAAGGGUACAUGGGCCACACUAGAAGACUGACGGGCAACGAACUAUACCAAGUGUACUCAUGAGAAAUGAAAUCGGGAUACUGAGCAACGGGUGAACUGCAAAGCCUGUAGAAACAAAAUUGCAACAUACGAAUAAUACCUGGCAACUGCAGAAACCAGCUCAAACACCAAUGCCCACUGCAACAGCAGGACAGACCACCUGAAAAUGAAGGGUAAAAAUGGUUUGUGCACUGUCAGAAUAAUCAGAGUGAUCUACUCCCUUGCUUUUUUGCUACUCGCACUUCAAAUUCAUAGCUGCUUCGCCUCUUCAAUUGUAACACCUCCAAGCUCAAAGAUAGCGACCGAAGGCUACCCCGUCUCAUUUGAAUGCACGGUGGCUGAGGUACCGCCAGGUGUCAACGUCUCUUGGAUGCAAGAUGAUCAGGAGAUAACUAAUGAAAAAAUAAUAUCUGAUGCAUUUAAAGACCGGUUUGAAAUUGAAAUCACAGAGGCAGCUAAAACAUACACUUACAGGUUAGUCUUAAACAGAGUGAAACGCGAAGAUAGUGGUUUUUCUUAUAAGUGUCAAAUCAAUGACGUGCCUAAGAUAACAUCUAAAUCUGUUCAAAUUGAUGUGCGUCAAGUUCCGGGUAAAGAAUAUCCAAAGUGUAUUCAACCAGUAGACAAUAUCAAAGAGGGUGACAUGGUAGAACUCGAAUGUCAAUCAGAGCAUGUAAAACCAUUACCAAAUUUAGAAUGGCAAUACAAUGGUAAAAAGGUAUCUUCUGACCAAUUAAACAGUUCCGAUUCAAUUAGCAUUAAACAUGUUUUUCAAGUUACUAAGGACCGAGUGUACAAUUACACUUUCAGUUGCGUUUUACAACAAGUGGUUGUCGGACCAGAACGAACAUGUUCCAUUGGUCCUCUCCGGAUCUUAUAUAAACCCGAAGUUGAUAUAAUUGGAGAUACUAUAAUAGAGACUAACAAAGAACAUGUAUUUAUUUGUAAUAGUCCAACAUAUCCAACGCCUAAGCAGUAUAAGUGGACAUUUAACCCACCGUUAUCGCAUGAACAAUACAGGACUGAGAGUGAGGACAUGGUCUUACGAAUAAAACACCUCACUCAGAAGAAUGACGGUACUACUAUUACGUGUGAGGUACAGAACAGUGCCGGCUGGGGUGUAAAAGACAAAAAGAUUCAAGUAAUAGUUGACCCAAAUACAUUUAAUCCCACCCUUGAACCUAUCCCAGACAAGCCAAAACCAGAUCAAUCAGCCGCACCGAAUACAUACGGUGAUAUGACAACUGCCAUGAUCUUGUCUAUUGCAGGAUGCAGCCUGCUUGUUUUGUCGCUUCUUGCUGCUACCCUUCUCUGUUACUUCUAUAUGUGUGUGAGAAAGCGUUAUCUUCAUGGAUCUGGUUAUAAGAUUGCGCAACCAGACGUAUAUUCAGAGCCACGAGAUAACCUCCCUGCACCAGUUCAUACAAUGGAACGUGUUCCGCCAUGGAUGCAAAGGACUGUGGGAAUUCAAGUUCGUGCUGAUUUACCGUUAGAAAUGGGGGAAGUUUACACGGGAAUCAAUAAAAGCAUUGAGCAGACUAAAAAGGAAGAGUAUAUAAAACCAGCUAGUCGAUCAGUAUAGCGUGCACUUGGUAAAUAUAUGGCCUGGAACACGCACACACCAGAAGGACAAAAUACAGAGGUAAGAUGAAGACCAAAAAAAGUCAUCAAAAAUGGCUGCUUGUCUUCACUGAUAGGUCAAAGCAUAUUUAACAGAUUUUGAAAGAUAUGAAAGGAUUGUAAACCUACUACCGGUAUAUCUUAACAAGCAAAGUAGGUUUAAGGAAUCCAUCUAGACCUACUCAGGCGUGAAAAAGAUAUCCCACUUUAAUUGGUAAAGAACGACCCAUUAAAGUAUCCAAGAAUUAUCUCAGCAUCCAUUGUGAAAGCUUAUAAAUGAUCUCAUAUGAAUAUUCAUGAGUUAGUGAUAACGUUUAGUAUAAAGAGUUCAGUAUGUUGUUGAGUACAACAAAUAGAAUGAGUUUUGAACGACAACCAAUAGAGUUAAAAACAAAGAUCUUAUAAUGUUAGCAUAUACAGAGUAUAGUUUAUAUUCAUGCUAUUAAUCAAAUUGAUAAGUAUAUACAGCAAACAAACAUUGAUGCACAAAUUACUACAUCAUUACUAUAUUUGUUGAGACUACACAUACCCAACAAGUCCCUGCUAAUAUGCCCUUCCACACAAUAAUACAAUAUAAUAUAUACAUGUAUUAUAUGUAUACAGUAUUAUAUACUGUAGAUUAAAAGGAAAAAGACUGAAAAACAACAAUGCUGUGGGGAAACAAUAGCUGGAUCUCGGUAGAGUUACAAAUUUAAUAAGCAACAGCUACAAAUUUAAGUUAUUUUUUGUGUCGUCUUCCUAUCUAAUCAGCUUCUAUUUCCUCUCUUAUAAAUAUCUCUCAUUUUCCCCCAUCAACUCGAGAGAAUUCUCAACACGACUUACCUCCGUAUGACCUUGGGUGAUUAAAUUCAUUUUGCAUGCAUUUCUCAGUGCACACUACCGCUUCAUUCUAAACGUAGUGCUGUAAGAACAUAAAUUAACAUAAUGUAACGCAGGGGAGCAUAAAAACAGGGUCUUUUCCUAGCUUGUCUGCAUUCUUUAUAGCUAUUAUAUUCCAUUUUUAAUCUGUUGUGCAAUGCUCGAUAUUAUUCUCUGGAUAAUCAUUAUCUUUGAUCAAGCUAAUCCCAUGUAUAGUUUAAUUAAUUUUCAUUCAAUAUUUAUUAUGAGCUGCUUGCAUAUUUGAAAAUACUAUUUCAAAAAUGUUAUUAUUUUAGUGUAGGAUUUAGCUAUAUUUGUUAUUGUUGAUUUUUAAAUAUGUGGAAUUAUUUAUUAUAUUACCUUUCCAUCAAUAUUUUACAUUUUUGAAAUAUAUGAUGAUUCGCUAGUCUUUACCUCAUCAACCCGCAAGGAUUGGAUUAUUAUGGUAAUUGAUAACAACCUAUAAAAACCACAACUAUCACCAUCAUUAUUAUCAUUAAUAAUGUGAUUAAUAAUAAUUAUUAUUGCUUUAUAUAAAUCUACUGUAUACAUACACACAAAUA